AUGUCUCAGAUAUUUGGGAAAGUGACAAAUGCUAUGCUGUCUGGGACCAAUGAAACCUCCAUUUCCCUUGCCAACCUGAACUUGGGGUUUUCCCUCGUCAAGCUUGAGGCGCCCAUCGAAUUUCAACCUCUUGGCUCUGCCUUAUCGCUGCAGCGACGACGGACGGCUGAGCUGGGUUCUCAUCACCAGACCGCUCGUUUACUAGGAGCAUUAUUCUCCCACGUUGCUCCGAAGGCCCCAAAGCUUCUCUGUGCCUUCGGCCAAAGAGUCUCCGAGAUCAUCAAGACCCCCGGUGCUAAUCCCGCGGGUACGCCUCAAGAUGGACCGUUCAAAGACUCGGUCGGGGCGGAUGCCACUUCCAUCUGGGCAGCUGCUACAUCUGGCUCUGCAUCCCUCGCGGUGUUGCUGUUAGCAUGCCUAUUGGCAAGAAAAUUUGACGAUCCAAAAUUGAGUGUCGCACUCUGGGUAGAAAUCGUAGCAAUCCGCCAAAAGGAAGUGCUCGCCACAGCCGAAUCAACAGGGUUCGUCAUGAACGAAGCAGUCAUUGCAGCUCACCAAAAGAUCUUGCGCGAGGAUCUGGCCACUUUUGAUGCAAGUGUCCGUGCUUGGUUGAUCACAGCUGACCAAGUGAUGAUCAAGAAAUUGAAGCAACUCAGGCUGAUCUUGGACAAUCUGACCACUCUGCCCAAUGCGACCGACAGCUCUGUCUUGCUGGCAUUGUCGGCAUGGCACUUGUAUCCUGAUCUCAUCGUCCUCUCGUCCGAGACGAAAAAAGUGGUCUUUCAGGAUUCAUUAUUCCCAGCCUCUGUCGCAAUUACCGUGGGCUUAUCGCUCAAAGACGAUGACGCCGUUUCUCCAGGGUUUCAAUGGUCACUGGCACUUUCUCAUCUCAGAUACUAUGGAGAACCUGUCAGCCUUCAGACGGAUCAUGACAACUAUCGGAUCACGAUGGACGAGCUGUGCCUUAUCGCGUUCGGAUCCUUACUUUUCCACUGGAAUCUGCCUUGCGAUAUGAUGGUUGAUGUCGCCUCAUGGUUCUGUUCCCUCGACAGUCUGAUAAAGCGACAUCAAGGCGAAGAUCUGGCCGAGGAGGAGAAAUACCAGCAUCUUCACUGGCUACAGCCCCUGAUGAAGGCAUCAAGGCUCCUGGUAGAGAAAUCCGAGGAUGAAUCUGCUGACUUUGAGAAGCUAGUUCGUUAUGGUCGCAGACGCGGGAAAAACCUCCUUGGAUAUUCUUGGGAGCGGGAAAUCAGUCCAUUUCUCGGGCUAUGCGACCCACACGUCGCAAAUGGUCUGGCAAUGCCUUCUUCUUCUUCGGAAGAAUACCUUCGUCAUGUCCGAUCGGUAGCAGAAAGCACCAACAUUUUGACAUUUUCCGUCAUUCAAUAUUUCGAGAAGAUCGCAGACACCGAGGUACUUGUUCUAGCUACCGCCACUCCUAUAAAUUUGUCGCUUCAGCAAGAUUCUGUAGCUGAUGGCCAGCGGCCACAGGAUGUUCACGUACGGUGGGUUGUGACUUCCAAUCCCAACGUCGUGGAAGGAUUCCAGCAAGAAUUGAACCACCGGCAAGCAUCGUUUAUCGAGAUUAUUGGAGUUAUUGACCCAGACGAAUACCUGCCUCUCAGCGAAGAGGACUUGAUUACAUGGAGUGUUUUGCCAUCCUCAUUCUAUCUGCGAAGUCUUUCCCUUUCCAGAUCCGAUGCCGGGUUUCAAGGAGCCAAGUCUCUGAAGAGGGAAGACUUCCUAAAAUCACGCCGGUUGUAUAGCAAGGUCCCGGACGAAGACAAAGUCCAGAGAGAUACUUACUUGGUACAGGCCCUGAAACGUCGGGAGCCCCGGCUUUUAGGGUAUUCGCAGAAAACUGAGGUGGGCCUUUGGUUGUUCUGCCCAGUGUGGAGCGCCAGUGUCAGGCAGCAAGAAAUCGGUCUCUUUACCAUCUAUGAGAGUGCUUCGCUUUAUGAGCGCCAUUUGGAGACAUUGUCUUCCGUCCGAAUUGCAAACGAGGCAGCUCUGAAGUCUGAAGAGGCGCUGCACCGCGCACAACUCGAGCAGUUUUCCGAAGGCAAACUCGUCCGACAUUUAACUAGUCUGCCCCGUUCCAUCCCCAACUGGCUGGAAAGAAUCAAAGAUUGCCUCCCGCCCCUGCAACGACAACCACUCGCAAUGACCACCCACAUUUCCCUCUUCUGCUUGGCGUCGUUGUUCAGAAUCUAUGCACGAUUCCCCUGUGCGACGUUCCCCAUCAAAAUCGCGGAAAGUCGUUUCUGUAUCCUAGAGUAUGAUGUUACAGAUGUCACAUCAUAUUCGAUCUCGAGGCGAGAUGCGCUUGCAUGCGUUUGUAUGAUGGAAAUGGGAGGCGAUCCAAUUGACACGUCCCUGUUUAAUCGCGCCUUCGCGGUAGCGGCCGGCAACUCCAUCUUCGUUGCAGAAUCGCUCCUCUCGGACCCAUCACAAACGCAAUCUGGCUGUGCUAUUCGGAGGAUAGCCGGCAACCUCGGCCGCCCUGGAGUGUCUAUUCUCGUCAGCCCAGAAACAGUGAUGGUGAAAGAGAAGACAAGAGACUUUCGAGCCGUGGAACAUGCCCCGUACGAUUACAGACGGGAAGAUAACUUUGGCGCCACCUCUUUACACCUCUCGCUGACUGAAUGGAGAGUACCCGUGGUUCUCUCCUCCAGCAAGGUCGGCAACAUCGACCAGGAUAUCUUCCAGGUCGAGGCGGUUGUGUCAGUACACGACAAAGGUCGCUGGUACGGAGACAUCGAUGUCCUCGCAGCUCUCGAAGAAAUCGAAGAUAGCCGUGUAAGUGGCGAGUGCUUAUGUGGGUCCAGACGGGUGAACUCCAAGACCGAAUGCAUUAGUAUCGACAAUUUUGAGGAGCUCUUGGAUCCUCCAGAUGGUGUUGGCAUAUUCCGAGCACACGAGAAUUGGUCGGCUAGGUUGGCUGCGGCCUGCAUCGCGAAGCAGACUGUUGGGGGGUCCAGAGUAUACAUACUAAACAACAACAACGUCGUGUGCUGGAACUGUCUUGAAUCAGAGAUUGGGCGUCGUCGAAGAUUUAAACCAGUUAUCAAGUUAAACUACUUAAGCGAAGAAGAAGAAGAAGAAGAAGAAUUCGAAGUGGGGCACCCCGCCUCUCAGGGAGGAGGCUUUGAUGCUGACGGCGAAACUGGAGAUACCAUUACUAUCAUCGACUAA